GGGGGGGCGCCCGGGCCCCGUGGCGGGUUCACCGCUCUCGGCUGUGAGGUCCUGAGCGGCUGGCGCGGCUCGGCUCCUGCUGUCGGCGCCGCCUCGGUCCCACUGCCCGCCCUGGGUAGCGUCUCCGCCCUCGGCGGGAGCGCAGCGCGCUCAGACUGACUGGCUUUUUCUUCAUCUUUCGGCCCUCGUCCGCGCCCCUCGUGCCCCUGCGGGGAUUGGCGCGAGUCACCUUGGCGUCUCCUUAACUCUUGUGCCCCUGGCGUCACCUCUGGCUCUCGCAGUGCCGACUUCUUGGCACAGCGGAGCUCGGGCCCGGUAUCUCCGUAGGGGCUCUCAGUGGCCCCUUCUGGGCUCAGUCCGGGAACCAGUUUGUUGGGGGAGAACACCGUCCCCAUUGCGGGGCCUGGGUGUUCGAUUUUCUGCGAAGCACCGAAAGGUGACUUCCCGCGAGGGCGAUGAAGUAGCCCGAGAGGCGCAUCCCCGACGGUCUCGGACCUAAGCAGCCCGGCGGACUUCGGGGCGACCUCCCGCGGGACUUGGCCCGGCAUAUGCAGACAUUCGGGCCUGCCGCGGUGGCGGCAGUGGGGCGUCGAGUCGAGAGGCCAACCGACCGACGCGCCACCCGCGCGCUUGGCACUGUGCGCUCUGCCUAUCCGCCCGGAGUCUCCAAGGCAAGGGACGCACUCGGCGGCUCCAAGCCACGUGCUCCCUGCGCGCGGUGCGUGCAGAGGCCCGCGCGCAAAGCCCGCCGGGCGGGGGAUGCGCGCCUGCGCGCCGCGACCUCCCUGCCCCCACAGCUCCCCGGGACUUUGUCCGCCAGGGGGCGAGAGCGGGCGGAGCUGGGGUCCGGGGUCCGGGGAGCGGGGUGGGCCGACAGGUGGGCCGAGGGGUCCCGCAGGCCGGGACGCCUGUUGGUAUUGGCGGCUGUGUCGUGUGGAAAAAAUUACCGGGCGCCCGGGGCGGCGCUGCCUUUUGGAUCCUGGGCGGAGUCCCACCCACGAGGUGCGGUCGGGACCCCUAGCCUUCGCGGGGAGGCCGGGACUUGGUUACUCCGGAGGCAGGCCCCGGCCUGGGGCACCGCCAAGCAGCGGUUUGCGGCCUCUAGGAAUAGCGGUCGGAUUUGGGGGUCAGUGUGCUUUGGUUUUUUUCAGAGACCUGAUCUGGCCGGGGCGGUGCGUUCUCGCGGGUCUUCCAGGCUGGCGCGCCAGUGGGGCCCUCCCCGAGCGCAGGCCCCUCCCUCCUUGCCUUAUUUAUUUCUGGGACAUAUCCUGCCACCUUCCUAGACGGCUCGAGGGGCGGGUUCCUUGCACUUGGAAGCAGGCUGAUGGGCGUGAGUGUCCGGGGCUCGUCCACCCGGCCCGACGGGUUGGGGCUGUGGCGCCACAUGGCUCCUUUCCUAGGAAGCGCCAGGGGGCAGUGGGAACCGCCACAGGGGCCGCUGUAGCGGGCCUUAAAGGAUGGGAAACCCGAUCACAGAUGCCCCCGCCGGCCUUCCUUUCACCGGACCAGUGGGAAAGGGACCAGUGGGAGAGGGACCGCAGGGACAUUAGGCCCUUCUCCACGUGUCGCGUGCGACUCUUAAUUUGGGAUGGACGCAACAGACCAGUAGUAAGCGCCUUUGCUUACCCUGGGGUUGCUCGGAAGACUUACUGGUUACUGGUUCCUUCUUCCCUUUUGAAGGACUUAAAGGAGAAGAAGGAAGUUGUGGAAGAGGCAGAAAAUGGAAGAGACGCCCCUGCUAACGGGAAUGCUAAUGAGGAAAAUGGGGAGCAAGAGGCUGACAAUGAGGUAGAUGAAGAAGAGGAAGAAGGUGGGGAGGAAGAGGAGGAGGAAGAAGAAGGUGAUGGUGAGGAAGAGGAUGGAGAUGAAGAUGAGGAAGCUGAGUCAGCUACGGGCAAGCGGGCAGCUGAAGAUGAUGAGGAUGACGAUGUUGAUACCAAGAAGCAGAAGACUGACGAGGAUGACUAGACAGCAAAAAAGGAAAAGUUAAACUAAAAAAAAAAGGCCGCCGUGACCUAUUCACCCUCCACUUCCCGUCUCAGAAUCUAAACGUGGUCACCUUCGAGUAGAGAGGCCCGCCCGCCCGCCCACCGUGGGCAGUGCCACCCGCAGAUGACACGCGCUCUCCACCACCCCACCCAAACCAUGAGAAUUUGCAACAGGGGAGGAAAAAAGAACCAAAACUUCCAAGGCCCUGCUUUUUUUCUUAAAAGUACUUUAAAAAGGAAAUUUGUUUGUAUUUUUUAUUUACAUUUUAUAUUUUUGUACAUAUUGUUAGGGUCAGCCAUUUUUAAUGAUCUCGGAUGACCAAACCAGCCUUCGGAGCGUUCUCUGUCCUACUUCUGACUUUACUUGUGGUGUGACCAUGUUCAUUAUAAUCUCAAAGGAGAAAAAAAACCUUGUAAAAAAAGCAAAAACGACAACAGAAAAACAAUCUUAUUCCGAGCAUUCCAGUAACUUUUUUGUGUAUGUACUUAGCUGUACUAUAAGUAGUUGGUUUGUAUGAGAUGGUUAAAAAGGCCAAAGAUAAAAGGUUUCUUUUUUUUCCUUUUUUGUCUAUGAAGUUGCUGUUUAUUUUUUUUGGCCUGUUUGAUGUAUGUGUGAAACAAUGUUGUCCAACAAUAAACAGGAAUUUUAUUUUGCUGAGUUGUUCUAACAAA